ACGAUCAUGGAAUUAGAGGGCAAGAUGGUCCAACUAGAAAAUGAAAAAGGAGAACAAUGUAAAAUCAAGCUAGAGCUGGAAGAUCAUCAUAACAACCUCCAACAAGAGCAUAAGAAAUUAAAAGAAGAUUUUAAUUCAACGGCCGAGAGACUUGCAGAAAUUGAAAAACUUUCGCACGAACAACAGAAACGCAUAAUGGAAUUGAAAGUUUCACUCGAAGAAGAGUCGCUUUCCGAAAAUCAAAAAUUAUUGGAGUCGUCGAAACGGCAAUUACACGGUAUAAAACAAGAAAACGCUGAACUCGAUAAACAGGUGUUCACCCUGAAAAUCCAAUUGGAUCAAGCGACCGAGCAAUAUAGACACGCUUCACUGUCGGUACAAGAAGUGUUGUACGGGUGUUAA